GCGCUUAGUACAGUGCCCUGCCCACAGUAAGCGCUCAAUAAAUACGACUGAACGAGAGAGAGAGAGAGCAGUUCCGGGUGAGGGAGCAUCCGCGAUCCAGAGGCAGCUCCUUGUUGCGCGAGAAACAUCUACCAACUAUUGUGUUGCACGCUCCCAAAUGCUUAGUCCAGUAUUCUUCGUAUAUCGGCAGAAGCAGCAAACAACUGGGGUGAAAACUGAGUGACAGCUGGAGAUUACAAUUCUUUUCAAGCCGAUCAGUUGCUGAUUUUCCCUGCUGAUUUUGAAGAUUUGAAAAAGGGAAUUUGGCCGGAUAGUCUUCUGGAAAACUAAUGUCAUUCAAUAAAUCUACAACUGUGAACUCAUUGCCCAUUCUAUGGUUUUGCAAUCGGCUUUCAAGAUUUGCCAUAAAUUACAUGAAAAAGGAAUUCCACCCAGCUUUUCCCAGUUUCCCAUGAAGCCAACCUAUUGCUUUUUCACUUUGAUAGUGAAUGCUGUUUUCUCAGUUGCCUUUGCCGUGGGAAAUGAAGUCCAUAACAGGACAGACGACCUGGAGACACCAUACCAUUCUCCCAACAAAUCAUUGUUUGUGGGCCUCGAGGUCUCAGCAAGUUCUCAGUCCAGAGACGUUAUCGUAGCCAAAGAAGGCGCUAGUGCUGUCAUGGAAUGUCUUCUCCCGGUCGACCAAUAUAAAGACAUUCAGUGGUACAAUUCAAAAGGACAGCAUCUCGAUCAGGAAGGAGAUGGAGGAAAAUGGCUGAUCUCCAAUAACACCCUGAACAUCACCGGCAUUACCUUUGAUGACCGUGGGCUCUACACGUGUUUAGUCACUACUCCGACUCACGCCUCUUACUCCGUCACCCUCCGAGUGGUCUUCACCUCAGGAGACAUGAGCAUCUACUAUAUGAUUGUCUGCCUGAUUGCCUUCACCAUCACCCUCAUCUUGAAUAUUACCCGACUGUGCAUGAUGAGCAGUCACCUCCGCAAAACAGAGAAGGCCAUCAACGAGUUCUUCAGGACAGAAGGUGCCGAGAAGCUCCAGAAGGCCUUUGAGAUCGCCAAACGCAUUCCCAUCAUCACAUCAGCCAAAACCCUGGAGUUGGCCAAAGUAACCCAAUUCAAGACGAUGGAGUUUGCCCGGUACAUCGAAGAGCUAGCAAGAAGUGUUCCUCUCCCUCCCCUGAUCCUCAACUGCAGGGCGUUUGUCGAAGAGAUGUUUGAGGCCGUGCGCGUGGAUGAUCCUGACCGGAUGGGAGAGAGAAUUAAAGAAAGACCCGCCCUCGGGGCCCAGAACGGUAUCUAUGUCAUCAAUCCAGAGAUUGGGCGAAGUAAUUCACCCGGAGGAGAUUCAGAUGAUGGUUCCCUGAAUGAACAUGGCCAAGAGAUAGCCGUUCAGGUCUCCAUCCACCUUCAGUCAGAAACUCAGAGCAUCGACACAGAUUCCCAGGAUAGCUCCCUCCUCGGUCCUUCCGAAGAUCUGGAAUCUCCUGAACUCUGUUCGGUCAGCAGAGAUGGGGCAAAUGAAAUUUGUGUCUGAUCCAUUCUGUCUCUAGGUAAACUCUUCUCAGAUAAUUCAGCGGUCCUUAGCAGAAAAUAAAAUCUGCAGAGCCAAAACACUGAUUUUUUUUUUCCCUCUUGGUAGAAAAGGACAUAAAUUGCUAGAAUUACCAGGGCGAGGGGCAGUUUUUUCUUAUUCUAAUGUUCUUAGUUCUGUUCAAGUUGUGUCUACUUUAUUCAGUGGAAAUCUUGAGCACAUUCCAACAAAGGAUCAAACCUCAAACAGUGGCUCUUUUGGUCCCUGAAGGGAAGGGGCAUAAAUUAAGACUUUGUCCUGGGAUUUAGCCUCUCCCCCCGCACCACCCCAUGCCCAUUACCUUGUAGCCCAGAGGUGUGGGGGCCUUUUUUCAGGUAUUUUGUCAGGUGGGUAGCUCAACUUUGUGCAGGCCUUUCUGAGCCUGUCCUGUAUUGUUGGCCUUUAUAGUCUUCUAAAAACAUAAUGGGCCUAGUUCUCUAUAAAAGAAUUCCUUAAUAUAAGAAAACUCCCCACUCUGGGAUGUGGUCAAGACCUUUAGUUCCCAUCUGUUCCAUUUAGUUCAUUGAAGUAAUGAUUUAGUAAAUGGUACCUGUAAAUUGGUAUUAUUUUCCUAGGGAAUGGUUUUUACAGUAUCUCUAGAAUAAGAAGCAACGCUGUUACAUUAUUAAGUAUCAAAUCAGAUUGUUGAUCAGAUAAAUUACCUGGGCUUCCAUUGGUUUCAAGUUUGGGAAAACACACCGCUAUAAACCAUGCUGUUUGGAAAUGGAUGUGGUGUGUGUUAUAUGUAUGUGAUCUCAUACCAGUUUUAACUCCAAAGGAAACCUACAGCUUUCAGUAAUUUAAAUGUGGUGCUGAAGUCAGUGCCUGCUUACUCUGUUUUUGCCUUUGGAAGCAAGAGAGUAAACCAGGGCUGCAUGGGAUCCAGGGAGGAGGUCGCGGGAGAGGCGGCAGGGCGGCCUUCAGAAAAUCCAAAUGUUUGGUCAAUGUGUGUGGCAGAAGAGUGGGAAGGCUUAAAUGAAAAGAAAUAAUGGCAGUCAUUACUGGGUAAAAAUAAUAUACAAGUCUGACUCAGGGUUGUCUCAAAAGAAGGAAGAAAAAGCUUGAUUUUUGUAAUUUGGUCCUGAAGGCUGCAUUGUUUGAGUGAAUGGUUCAGAAAGCAUUUCCUCUCCAGUUGACAUCUAGGUAAAUCCCAUAGACACUCUAAAGAUUAUUUUCUUUCAGGUACAGGAAGUAUAGUGUCAUAUAACUAUAGCAACUUGGCAACAGGCACACUUUUUAGGACUUCACAAUCCUGUUGUUCGACUUCUUAUUGAGACAGAGCCUGAAGUAGUAAAUGCUAGUAUGUUCAAAAGAAGACUUCAACCAGAUUUAAUAUAAAGGUUCGGCUGGUGGGGGGAGGGAAUGCAAAAGAUUACCAGAUAAAGUUUGAUGGAUUCUUAUGUCCUGGAUUAUCUGUAUUAGUACGUCCAUCCUCAGAGGUACAGAUGAAUUGGGCUGUUCCUGUAUCCGAUGGCAUUAAAGGUAAAAUAGAUGGGGGCAGUCAGGGACAGUCACUCCGAUUUGUUUCUAUGGAAACCUGAACUAAACAAAAGCUAGGGAAGAAUAGCCAAAGGUAGCUUUUGGUUGACAGGCCAUGAGGAAAGGUUUUAAAAUUCCAAGAUUCUAGUACACCUUUGCUGCUUUGGGGUCACUUCCUUUUAGAAGAGAAAGAUUCUUUUGUUUUCUGGACCCCAGCAUCCCCUCUUCCCUCUCCAGAGAUUGGCUUAAGUCAGGAUAAACUGCUAUUAUAUCAUUUCAAAAUGCACAGUUUGAAAACACUGCCUGAAGUUGUUUUAAUGUAAGCAUUUUAAGAGUUGGGGAAGCGUUUAAAUAGGGAAGGGCAGAAGGUUAAUAUAGCCCAAGGGAAUUUGAAGUUUCACUUUGAAUAUUAAGACUUUUUUUCUAUGUUGUACAGUCAAAUAUGCUAAAAUGAGAUCGUCCAUACUAAAGUAUGUACUGGACAGCCACAUGUUGAGGAGUAUAAGGAUGACAGUAUUUUGAAGGACAGAAGAUUGAUUUAUUGGUGAGUAGUUGAGUGGUGAUGCUGUUAGUAACCUAUAGAAACAGAUGACUAUUUAGCCAGAGUUGGUAUUACUCCAUAGGACCGUUUUCAGGAAGAAACUCUCCUUGUUAAUAUUUUUGGUAUCUAUGUAAAUAUUGGUUAACAUUAGCCCUACUUGAACUUUGGGAACCUUUCUAAUCUCCUAAAGUUAAACUGUAGUUUUCAGACAAUCACUGUGUCUGCUGAGCUUUAUACUCUUGUCUAAUUUUUUUUUAGUGACUAUAAAAUGCUACAUGUUACCAACAUAAUAUCUUUCAAAGUAUUUGUCAUGGUUUUUGUACUUUCUGUAUUGCAUUUUGACUUUUAUGGUUGGAAGACUGCACACGUGAAAUCACCUGGUAGAUUUGCAGAAUAAAUUCUCAGAAAAAA